UGGGCCUAUAACCCAAGUGUGUAAAGGUUGCAUUUUGCACUCGCUGUCUCUGACUGGAUUAGACCCUAUCCUCAGCUGACAGAAGUUUAAAUCUGAAAUGAAAUGAAAGGUCUUAAAAAGCGAUCUUCCCGUUAUGGUCACUUUCUCAAUCGCACUUACUCACGUUAUGUCUGGAGUGUCUUACUCGUUCGUUAACAACAAUAAAGGGUGUAUUUAUCACCCUGGGACUAAAUGUGCUUUCUUAAAGGUCAAACCAGCCAGUCCACCUCACCAUUGCUCACAGAAAUGCAUUACCCGCGUGUGCAGUGAAUACUUCGCCCAUGCAAGCAAGAUAAAACAUAGCCAUCAAGACAGCGGGGUAUGUAAAGGCCAGCUGUCUCCAGCAAGAUGUCUCUCCACUUAUAGCGUGAUAUAGCGAUAGCCUAGCAACUCCUCCAUACCUUUUUUUUUUUUUUUUUUUUUUAGAAAUGAUGUUGAACAAACGCUAAUAAACUAUGUUUGGCACUUGGCAGUCUAAUGCUGUCAUUUUAAUAAUGAUCGAACGGGACCUUGCAUAAGUGUUUGUUCAUCGAUGCUUCAGCACCCUGGCCAGCGUCAACUAAGGACUACCUGUGAAAGCGCGCUACACAUUAUACUACUUUAUAAAGGUGCUACCAAAGACACAUUGACAUGAAACUCAAUAAUCAAGUCAAAGAUGUUGAUAGUUCUGUUCCAAUUUGGGCUAAGAAUACUAAUGCAAACCAGGAUAUUUAUAAUGGAGUUCACUGAAUUUACACUUUAAGCCACUCACUUGUAUUAAUUUGAAUUUCUUCGGUUACGCCCCUCCUUACCAACUCUACCACGUGUAUUUUUGGAGAGGCGCCCAAACGAACAUCACCUCCCUUCCCAAACAGGACAGCAUCCUAAAUCCCUACAGCUUUCAAACUAUGUUCUUCCGAGAGGUAAGCGGUGCCCCACCUAGUUUUAAGGAACAACCACUCUCACGUACCACACUCGAAUUUUCUUUCAACUCCGAAGAUGAAGCAGAACAUUCGGACUGUUUGCCUGAUUGUUUGCAUGCUCUCUUACCUACUUGUUGGAGCCGCUGUGUUCGAUGCUUUGGAGUCUGAGACUGAGAAUUCCCGAAAGAAGAUGUUGGAGCUUAAACUUAACGAGCUGAAGAAGAAAUACGGGUUCUCUGAUGACGACUACCGCGAAAUUGAAAAGGUGGUUUUGCAGUUGGAACCUCAUCGAGGGGGAAGACAGUGGAAAUUCGCUGGGUCUUUUUAUUUUGCAAUCACAGUUAUCACCACGAUAGGGUAUGGGCACGCCGCCCCAGGCACCGAUGCGGGUAAAGCCUUCUGCAUGUUUUACGCUGUCCUGGGCAUCCCUUUGACCCUGGUAAUGUUCCAGAGCCUGGGGGAGCGCAUGAACGCCUGCACAUGCUACCUGCUGAGGCGGACCAAGCUUUGCCUGGGGCUGCGGCGCACCGAGGUCUCCAUGGGCAACAUGGUGCUGGUGGGCUUCCUGUCCUGCCUGGGCGCGCUGUGCGUGGGUGCCGCCGCCUUCUCCUACUUCGAGGGCUGGAGCUUCUUCCACGCCUUCUACUACUGCUUCAUCACGCUCACCACCAUCGGCUUCGGCGACUUUGUGGCGCUGCUCAAGCGCGAGGACCUGCAGAAAAACAUGCUCUACGUGGCGUUCAGCUUUCUCUAUAUCCUGGUGGGGCUGACGGUGAUCGGGGCCUUCCUGAACCUGGUGGUGCUGCGCUUCCUCACCGUCAGCUCCCCGGAGGCGGCGGUGGAGGGGGCUGGAGGAGGACAGCAGAGAGGGGAAGAGGAGAACAAGAGGACGGAGGGAGAUAACCUGGAGGAGGGUCAGGGUGUGGUGGUUCUGACGGCGGGCCGUGGGAAGAAAGAGGAGACGGUAGAGGAGGCGCUUGAGUUGCCUGGUUUGGCGGAGAACGGGACGCGCGGAAACAGUCUCCUCUCUCUGCCUGUCGAUGGGGGCAGCAGCCGCACCAACCUGAUCCCUUCCCCUAACAAUCCUCGGGAGUCAGCCUCGUGGAGGAAGAGGAAGAGGAAGAGAAAGACCCCAGUGAGGCCAUCAUCACCGUUCCGUCUUCUCUCCCUCUGCUGCCCUCAGACUGGGGAGAGAAGUCCACUGUCCUCCCAGCAUGAGCUGCGCGGGGGAGGCCAUGCCAAUCCCGUCUUCUACAACUCCAUCUCCUACAGGGUGGACGGGUUCCCCUCCCACAGCUCCUGGGCCACUUCCACCCACUCGUCCCCGAGUGGCUCCCCGUGUCUGAGGCAACAUUACACCCCCAUCCACAUAUACUCACGCAGGAGAUCUAUCUAGCUGGACCAAACACCUGUAUUUCAUUUUCAUCUCCAUUUGAUUAAUUUAGAGGGCACUUUCAACCAAAGUUCCAUCAGUAUGACUGCGCUCUGGGUAUCCAUGACCCUUGUGUUUAGCCCUUUGCCCUACCACUUGCCCUUACAGCUGAGCUACAGGGACACUUUCGUCUGGUCCUGUAUUUGACAUGUGGUUCACCAUGUUUGAGUUGCAUAACCUGACAUGACCGAGACACUGCUGUUGAUAAUGUGUUACUGUACUUCUGUCUUUUCAAUUUGGGAAGAAUUUAUUUAUUUUUUUCUGUGUUUUACACACAAAAUUGUACAGAUUUGCACUGAUUUUUUGUACAUUUCAAAAAUGUAUUCCUAGAC